CAUAUGCAAAAAACAUGUUUAAUGUUCAGAUAUGCAGACGCUUGAAUAGGAUUUCCAUAAUGUAUCCCUGGUGAUUUUGUAAAUAACGAAUAUAAUUUUAUUUCAACCUUUUUUCCCGUUUAACUAUUUUUCAAAAUUGUUAUGUUUAUGGAAAGGUUAGCAAAAAAUGCAAAUAAAAAAUUACAAGAAUGAAAAAUAUAGCUGUUGUUUGAUAUGUCAACAACUACAUUAAAUAGCACCGGUAAAAAGUUCCAGCUUACAGAUUCUUUUUUGAGAAGACUAUUGGCAAAGGAAGACUAUGAAAGCAUUAAGACUAUAGAGCCUGCUAUUGUUGUAACAGAUAAGCCUGGUCAAAAAUUGAUGAGAAAACCCAGUUAUAAACACACAGCGAUUUCUUCAAACUAUUUUUAUGCUUUGAAUUCUCCUGCUAACCAAGACUCGGAUCUUAUUCUUAAGUUAUGCUUAAAAAAUAUAAGAGAUAUUAAAUUGGUUUAUGAGAAAACAGAUUUUCUUCAUGGAGAUUUACAGGAGCAUGCUGUUCAUAUGAAAUUAUUAUGUUGUGGAAAUGAAAAUAAUUUAUUUAGUGAACUAAAUAAUCAGUCUUUUAAUCACAAGAGAGGAUUUACUACUCCUAAUAAUGCUACUUCAUCCCUUAGCAAUAAUUUAUUUGAUAAUGUAGCAGGAAUUAAAAAGGUUAGACCGCUUCCGAAGCCUGUUACAGGUACUGAAAUGCUUAAUGCUUCUUACACAAAUGUUUUUCAAAUUAGUCCAAGUAAAGAAAGCAGUUCACUUUCCAAAGAGCAAUUGUCACAAAAUAGUUUUGUUUUGCAAAGAAGUUUGUCAUCUUCGUUAAAUCACUCGUGGAAUGACAUUUUCAAGUUAGAAAAACUAGAAGAAAAAUCUUUAGCCGAAAAAAAAAGCAAUGAGUCAAUUAAGCUUUCAUCAAGUCUUACCCAGUCUUCAGGAUUUUUUAAUUCUCUUAACAUUAACAAUGACGACAAGUCCAAAAAAAGUUUUAACUCUCUUGAUUUGCCUGCAAAAAACUCUUCAGAGACUGAGGAAGUAUAUCAUGUUGAAAUUUUAACUGUAGUUAAAAGUAGUAAUCUAUUUAAUAUUUUAAGAGAAACAUGGAUUCAAUCACUUCUAAAAGCUACAAAAGAAAUAAACAAGUUUGAAGAAAAAAAUACUUCAUCAACCAAGCUUCAUGCUAAUAAUAGCAGCGAACAAAUCUUGCAUAAGUUUUCUCAACUUAAAGAUGAAGUUCUUCAGAGUACACAAGAUGAUGAGUUAUUCAUAUCAACAAAGGAAAUGUUCUUUGCUUGUGAAAACUUUUUUUAUGCGAAGAUAGCUUUUUGGAAGAUGCAAAAUUUGCUUCAAUUUUAUUUGGAUAAAAUGAAGGCUUUGCUGCAUUCUAACAGUCCAAAUGCAGAUAAUCGAAUGGAUGAACUUGAUCUUUUAAUUUUGAUUGGAGAUUUAAUGGCAGCAGCAUUUCAAGGUUCAGAGACACUCACAAGUCGCAAUACAUUUCUUAAUGAAAGCCCAUUGUUUAUCAAAAAUUUGGUGAGUUGUUGCUUACUGGUGCCGACAAUUUCUCCAAAUAUAAACUCAGAUAAUCAUGAAUUGGAUGCUUUGUUAGCUACAUGGUCUAACACACAAGUCUCUUUACUUUAUGAAUUGAUUAAUGCUGCUUACCAGUUUAAUUGGUGUUUUAGCGAAGUUAUUUUCUUCAAUACAACAUUUUUAGCUGAAUUAUUAAAUAGACAACAAGAAAAAAUGAGGAUUUUAACAAGUUACUUGAUUAACCAGUUAAAGUUGUUACUAUCAACAAAACAGCCAUGGUCAGCUAGCAGUGCAUUAAAUUUCUAUUGUUGUGUGUAUUUGUUGAACUUUAUAUGUGAAAAUCUUGGAGAGGUUAAAGAACAUGUAAAACAUUUUCACAGAGAGGAGAUCAAAUACUAUAUUUGCAAACCGUCAAAUGUGGAUGCGUUACCUCGAAACUUUCCUGUUAUUUGGAUACUUCUUCCUUUAUUUAAAAAAGUUGUAAGUUUAUUGUGAUAAAUGUAUUUUGACUUGUUA